AUGGCCCCCUCUAAAAGUGAUCCAAUUUUGAUUGUGGGUGCUGGCGUUUUCGGCCUAUCCACCGCACUUGAGUUGAAGCAGCGAGGAUACGAAGACAUCACAGUUUUGGAUCGUUACACACCUCCAGUCGUAGAUGGAAGCAGCGUGGAUAUUUCUCGAAUUAUUCGAAUUGACUAUGCUGAUCCAAUCUACUGCAAGAUGGCCCGCGAAGCCUACCAGGGCUGGACCACAGAAUACAAGGAUCAGUACUUUGAAUCUGGGUUUGCAUUGCUAUCCGAGACUCCCCGCAAUGACUGGAUCGAGAAAUCCAGGAGCACCGUUUUAGAGAUCGGUGGAAAAGUUGAGGACCUCAAAGACGCUACACAGUUGCUCGAGUCUUAUCCCAACAUUCAAGCCAAACUCUCCGGCCUUAGCGGCUACUUGAACAGGCUUGGUGGCUGGGCCGAUGCUGCAGGCAGUAUCCAGAAGCUGGCCUCGAAAUGCAGCGUCGAGGGCCUAUCUAUUGUCUCCGGACCUCGCGGAACCGUUGUUUCUCUACGAAAAGAAGGCUCCCGGGUCGUGGGCGUGAACCUCCUCAGUGGUGGGUAUCUACUUGCCUCCCAGGUCAUUCUGAGCACUGGUGCAUGGACAAAUCGCCUUUUGGAUGUUGCGCAUGCCGCUUCUUCCUCAGGUCAGCCAGUCGGUUUCAUACAAUUGACCACCGAAGAAGCGCGGUCCUUGGACUCUACUCCUGUCAUGAUUAAUAUGAGCUCCGGUGUAUUCUGCUUCCCCCCUACACCAGGCUCGAACAUCUUGAAGCUCGCUCGUCAUGGUUAUGGCUAUGCCAACGAAGUCACUGUUCAAACCGACGGCUUUGAUCGUACCAUCUCGACGCCCAAACUCGAAAGCAGCAACGCUCAAACAGGCUUUCUGCCCGAGGACGCUGAUGAGGACCUACGUGCGGGUCUGCGUCAAUUCUUCCCCAAAUUCGCCAACAGGCCGUGGAUCAACCGUCGCCUUUGCUGGUAUACCGAUACUCCUAAGGGCGACUUUAUUAUUGAUCAGCACCCGAGACUUCAGGGUCUGUUCGUUGCCACUGGUGGAGCUGGACAUGGAUUCAAAUUCCUGCCUGUCCUGGGUAAAUAUAUUGCCGACUGCUUUGAGAACAAGGCUCCUGAGGAGCUGCGCAAGAAAUGGCGAUUGGAUUCCCCGGUUGGUAGUGCUGGCGCUAUGAAGGGUGAUGGCAGCCGAGCUGGGCCACCACUGAGAUGGCUUAACGACUUUGAAAAGGCAAAACUAUAG